AUGAAAUCUGCAACUCAUGUCUUUGCCGGUUUGGCUGCUGUAAUUGGGGCCAAUGCCCUCGAGCUCACUGACAGAUCCAUUGGAUCCAAUAAUACUCAUAGUCCCGAGCGGCCACUUGCCCAUCUGACUCCUAGCGCUGGGUGGAUGAACGAUCCGAACGGAUUGUUCUACGAUAAUGAGACCUCGACUUAUCACACGUACUAUCAAUACAACCCUAACGAUACUGUUUUUUCCCUACCAUUGUAUUGGGGCCACGCAUCGUCUCAAGAUUUGAUGACGUGGAAAGACCACGGCGUCGCAAUUGAGCCUAGGGACGACCAAUCCGGCGCCUUCUCUGGUUCGAUUGUUGUGGACCACAACAAUACCUCUGGAUUUUUCAACGAUUCGACUUUGCCAGGCCAAAGAAUUGUUGCUCUUUAUACUGAGCAUAGCAACACAAGCGAAACUCAAUAUGCUGCCUACUCUCUGGACGGUGGAUACAGCUUCGAGUACUACGAGCAAAACCCUGUUCUGGACAUCAACUCUACCCAGUUUAGAGACCCCAAGGUCUUCUGGCACGACGAAACCCAGCGCUGGAUUAUGGCCUUGGCUUUGUCGCAGGAGUACAAGGUCCAAAUAUACAGCUCCGAAAACCUCACCUCCUGGGAAUUCCAAUCUAACUUUUCUCACCACGGUAUUCUUGGUUACCAGUAUGAAUGUCCAGGUCUAGCAAAAGUACCAGUCAUUCACGAAAGUCCCUCCAACGUUACUUUGCACGGACUCAACUCUACCACAAACGCUACCGCGCAAACCAAUGUCACCUCGGUGGAUCACAAAUGGGUCAUGUUUUUGAGUAUAAAUCCUGGUGCUCCAAUGGGCGGUUCUUUCAACGAAUAUUUCAUUGGUGACUUCGACGGUAAAACAUUCACUGCUCAGGACUCAGCAACUCGUAUUUUUGACCAUGGCAAAGACUUCUAUGCAUUACAGACCUAUUCUGAUGCUCCCAACGACGACGUUUUAGGCAUUGCUUGGGCCUCCAAUUGGGACUAUGGUGCUUAUGUUCCCGCUGAGGAUUACAGAGGAUCGAUGUCCUUAGUCCGUAACUUUACAUUGAGGCCUUACAACCCCAACCCGGAAACCACUGAGUUCACUUUGUACAGCGAGCCUUUAGUCAACUAUACUCAGUUGCAUACCAACCAGUCUAUGCAUAAAACUUCUUUGGAGCUAAACUCUGACGAGUCUGUUCUUUAUCGCUUGGGAAAGUAUCCUCAGGGUCUAUUGGAGUUUUCCGUUGAGUGGAAAGUUAAUGCAACUGCGGUUCUCUCGAAACGCGACUUUGCUGAUAUGUCUUUAUACUUCAAGGGCGUUAAAGAUGAUGAAGAGUAUUUGAGAUUGGGUUACGAACACAAUGCCGCUGCUUUUUUCCUUGACAGAGGUAAUUCAGAGGUAGAAUUCGUCAACCAAAAUCCCUUCUUCACCAACAGAGUUUCUCAAAACAUCGAACCGUUCAAGAUUGCUGAAGACGGCCUACCUAUUUUCAAAGUUCGGGGUAUCAUCGACCGGAAUCUCAUUGAGCUAUUCUUCAACGAUGGUUCGUCGACCUCAACUAACUUGUUCUUUUUAUCUGAAGAGAACUACAUUGGUGCUGUGGAAAUCACGAGUGGUGUCGACGACGUCUUCACUAUUCUAGAUUUUGAUGUGAAGCAAUUGAGCGUCAAAAACUGA